AUGCUGGUCGACUACGAUGGCGAAGAGGAGUCUACAGCCGCUCACCGCUCUCCAAAGCCCGAACUGCUCGAUGCACUGCACGAAGUAAAAAGCUCUUUCAAGGCUUCAAAGCGUCGCAAGGUUGGCAGUGGCCCGUCUAUUCGACAUGGAACGGAGCAAUCACAGGAGUUGAAGUCUGCUUCUGGAGAUCAAAUUACGAGAGCCGCACUAGCGCUCGACUUGUUUGGAGUCAGUCCGCCGAACAAGCUAUCCCGUCCAAACACAAACACGAGUGAAUUUUACCAGCCUGUCUUUCAGCAAGAGAAGGCCGCUGCCAUUUCCAACCAAACGAAGGCCAUGGUCCCGCCAAGAAAAGCUGAUGACCAUCUCUCAAUAGAUGCUCUCUUGAGCAAGCGCGACCUGUCAGCCAGAGCUGUGCAUGAUGUACAAGAGUUUGAUGCUGGCCUACAGUACAAAUUAAAUAACGAUGCUAGAGAGUCUGGAGAUCUGAAAGAGGAGACGACUGUUCGCUCUAUCGGUGGCGGAAAACACCAGCUGUCGUCCCUUCUCAACUCUGCGCUUAGUCAGAGGGAGGCACUCGAAGCUCAAUUUGCCAAGAACAAAGACAAGAAAAGGUCGGCUGGUGCUCGUUAUGGCUUUUGA